AUGGGGACGAUGAUCCAGCGUCGGCAUCUAGAAGAGAAAGAUUUUCGUUCUCAAAUCUUGGAAAACCACGAGAAGCCGCUGCAAGGCAAUAACGAUUUACUCUCGUUGACUCGCCCGGACGUCAUUUAUGAGAUUCACAAGGAAUACUUGGAAGCUGGAGCGGACAUUAUUGAAACGAAUACUUUCUCGGGAACAACGAUCGCUCAGGCCGACUACGCAUGCGAGCAUCUGGUUUACCAGAUCAACUACGAGAGUGCGCAGAUUGCCAAGCGGGCUUGCGAUGACGUUUUUAAAGCAACCGGCAUUCGUCGUUUUGUCGCCGGUGCGAUUGGCCCCACGAACAAAACGCUUUCAAUUUCGCCUUCAGUGGAAAAGCCGGAUUUUCGUAAUAUAACAUUCCAAGAACUUUCCAAGGCCUACCAGUUUCAAGCCAAGGCGCUGCUCGAGGGCGGGGCUGAUAUUCUACUCGUGGAGACGGUCUUCGAUUCUGCGAAUGCAAAGGCUGCGCUAUUCGCUAUUCGAACGUUGUUUGAAGAUGAAGAGAUGGAAGAGGUUCCGGUCAUGUUGUCCGGUACCAUCGUUGAUCUCUCCGGGCGCACGCUUUCCGGACAAACCGGCGAAGCAUUCCUGAUCGCGACACGACAGGGCAAUGCGAUGGCUGUCGGUCUAAACUGUGCCCUCGGAGCUCGCGAGAUGAGGCCCUUCAUCGAGGCCAUGGCUACCUUCACCGACACCCUCGUCAUUUGUUAUCCAAAUGCAGGUUUGCCAAACGCCCUGGGCGGCUACGACGAGACCCCGCAGAUGAUGGCCGAAGAUAUUCGGGUCUUUGCCCAGGAUGGUCUUCUAAACAUCGUCGGUGGAUGCUGUGGCACCACUCCUGAUCACAUCCGCGCUUUCGCCGAGGCCGUUUCGGGCUUCAAACCGAGGAUCCCUUCCAAAUCGGCGUACACCGAGAACAUGCUGCUCGCCGGGCUCGAGCCGAUGCGCAUCGGGGCGCUGACCAACUUUGUGAACAUUGGCGAACGUUGUAACGUCGCCGGAUCUCGCAAAUUUUGCCGCUUGAUCAAAGAUGAGAAAUAUGAGGAAGCCUUGGACAUUGCGCGAAAUCAAGUGGAAAACGGUGCCCAGAUCCUGGACAUCAACAUGGACGACGGGCUUUUGGAUGGCCCGUACGCGAUGGCAAAGUUCCUUCGGUUGAUCGCCUCGGAACCGGAUAUUGGCAAGGUUCCGGUCUGUAUCGAUUCUUCCGAUUUCAACGUGAUUAUUGCUGGCCUGGAAAACUCGCAGGGCAAAUGUAUCGUCAACUCGAUUUCUCUGAAGGAAGGCGAGGAGGCAUUUAUCGAAAAAGCCCGUCUCAUCAAACGUUACGGUGCCGCGUGUGUCAUCAUGGCUUUCGACGAGCAGGGCCAAGCAGCAGAACGUGAUCGCAAGUUCGAGAUCUGCGAACGCAGCUACAGAAUUCUGACGGAAGAGGUUGGCUUUGACCCUGGAGAUAUCGUCUUCGAUCCCAAUAUCCUCACCAUUGCCACCGGGAUGAGCGAGCACGACGAAUACGCCAUCGAUUUUAUUGAAGCGACGCGGAUGAUCAAGGAGAAUCUGCCUGGUUGCCGGGUUUCCGGUGGUGUGUUCCUGUACCACGCCAUCAAGGCGGGAAUGGACAUGGGUAUUGUGAAUGCCGGUGCGCUGCCAGUUUAUGAAGACAUCGACAAGGAGCUGCUCAAAUUGUGCGAGGACUUGAUCUUCAACCGCGACCCCGACGCCACCGAGAAGAUGUUGGCGCUGGCGCAGAGAUUGACGAAAGGCGACAAGAAGGACGACGCCGCAGCCAACGCCUGGCGAAACGAGUCGGUCCAGGAGCGCUUGAAAUACGCGUUGGUGAAGGGCAUCGACACUUAUGUUGUGGAAGAUACGGAAGAAGCUCGUCUCCAGACCGAUCUUUACCCACGUCCGCUUAACGUUAUUGAGCAGCCCCUGAUGGCGGGUAUGAGCGUCGUUGGAGAGCUUUUUGGCGCGGGCAAGAUGUUCCUGCCGCAGGUUAUCAAAUCGGCACGCGUCAUGAAGAAGGCCGUCGCCCACUUGAUUCCGUUUAUGGACACCGAGCGUGAGGCCAGGAUCAAGGAGUUGAAUUUAACCGAGGACGAGAGCCCCUACCAGGGCACGAUGGUCUUGGCGACAGUGAAGGGUGAUGUGCACGACAUUGGCAAGAAUAUCGUGGCCGUCGUGCUGGGCUGCAACAAUUUCAAGGUGAUCGACUUGGGUGUGAUGACACCAUGCGAGAAGAUCAUCCAAACGGCAAUCGAUGAGAGAGCGGAAUUCAUCGGGCUUUCCGGGCUCAUCACGCCGUCCCUGGACGAGAUGGUGCACGUCGCGAAGGAGAUGCAGCGCCGCGGGCUCAACAUCCCGCUUCUUAUUGGAGGUGCUACAACCUCAAAAACGCACACCGCCGUCAAAAUUGCGCCUCGAUACCUGCACCCGGUCGUCCACUGCCUAGACGCGUCGAAGAGCGUCGUUGCGUGCUCAGCAUUGGUCGAUCAAAAAGUGCGUGAGGCUUUUUUGGCGGAUAUUGUGGAGGAAUAUCAAGAAGUUCGCGAAGAGCACUAUGAAGGGUUGAAAGAGAGAAGGUUCACCACCCUACCAGAAGCCCGUGCCAAGCAGCUGCAGAUUGAUUGGAAGCAUUUCACGCCUGUGAAACCGAGCUUCCUGGGCGUCAAAAAUUUCCUGGACAUAGACUUGAAGGAGGUCGUGCCCUACAUUGACUGGAAGCCCUUUUUCGAUGUGUGGCAGUUGCGAGGAAAAUACCCGAAUCGUGGAUACCCUCGGAUUUUCAACGACCCCGAUGUUGGGCCGGAAGCGAAACGGGUGUUCGAGGAAGCCCAAAAGAUGUUGAAGCAGCUGAUCAAUGACAAAAUUUUGACGGCCAACGCCGCCGUCGGGUUCUACGAGUGCGGCUCGAAGGGCGAUGAUAUUAUUGUGUUCAAGGAUGGUCAACGUGUGGCGACAUUCUACGGGCUGAGGCAACAAUCCGGGCGUGAGCACGAUCAACCGCAUCUAUGUCUCUCGGACUUCGUCGCACCACUAGAGAAUGAUAAACAAAAGGACUACAUCGGAAUGUUUGCCUGCACGGCCGGCCUCGGAGCUGAACAGUACUGUGCCAAGCUCGAGCAGGACAACGACGAUUACAAUAGCAUCAUGGUUAAGGCGCUCGCCGAUCGACUGGCCGAAGCGUACGCCGAAUAUUUGCACAGACAGAUUCGAGUGACGCUUUGGGGACACAAUAAGGACGAGGAUCUAUCGACCGAUGAUCUGCUCUCCAUCAAAUACAAGGGGAUUCGCCCGGCCCCCGGAUAUCCCACGCAGCCGGAUCAUACCGAAAAGAAAACACUAUGGAAGUUGCUUGAUAAUUGCGAGGAGGCCAAGAUCGGUUUGACAGAUUCACUUGCGAUGUUACCGGCCGCCUCGGUGUCUGCGCUAUGUUUCGGCAACCCGAGCAGUCAAUACUUUGCUGUCGAGGACUACGCUGCACGAAGGGGCGAACCGUUCGACGAAACUGAACGCUGGCUAGCCCCGAUCCUCGGAUACGACGCCGAC